GACAGCUCUCGCUGAUCAUUUUAUCGCGGCAAUCGGUUCCAAUGGCUGAACGUAUUUCUCUCGUCUAAAAUUUUUUGAAACACACACAACAGGCAUGGCUACCCUGAUCGGAAAAGUAAUCGAUGGCUACAACACGCUCACCUACACAUGGGCAGAUGAGAGGACCAAGGACUGGUUCCUGGUCGGCUCGCCGCUCGUGCCGCUAGCAGUAAUCUACUUAUACCUCAAGCUCGUCAAAGACUGGGGUCCCAAGUUUAUGGAAAAUAGACAACCGUUCGACUUGAAAAACACCCUUCUCGUCUAUAACAUAGUUCAGGUUAUCUAUAGCAUCUACCUGUUUUAUGAGGCAACUUUUGUUUGGAGCAAUUACAGCUUCGUUUGUCAACCGAUCGACUUUUCUCGAAGCCCUGCGGCCAUGCGAGCGGCCCGGGCCUGCUGGCUCUACUACAUGGCCAAAUACACGGAGCUCCUGGACACAGUCUUCUUUGUUUUACGAAAAAAGAACAAUCAAGUCUCUUUCUUGCAUUUAUACCACCACUCCAUGAUGAUCGUUUGCGGAUUCAUCGGAUCGAAAUAUCUGGCCGGUGGACAUGGCACCUUCUUGGGUCUGAUCAACACCUUCGUGCACAUCAUCAUGUAUUCGUAUUACCUGCUGACAGCGCUUGGCCCGAACGUGCAGAAGUACUUGUGGUGGAAAAAGCACAUCACCCGCAUGCAGAUGUUCCAAUUUUGUCUGGUAUUCCUGCAUUCGCUGCUGAUCCUGCGCAAAGACUGCGAUUACCCGAAAUUCGUGGUCGGUCUGCUCACUCCGAAUGCCAUGUUCUUCUACUUCCUCUUCAACGACUUCUAUCAGUCUGCGUACAACAAACGGAAAGCUAAUGCUGCCAAACUCGCCGCCGAAAACGGAAAUGCUCAGCCGACGCAGGCGACGGACGAGAACAAGACGGAAUGAGCCCAGUGGCCGAGUGGAAUAGGAUUAGGUGUGGAAUUUUUCGUGUUCUUUAGGAUAUGCAGAAAGCAGCCGUGAAUCUCAUGUGCCAUAAAUCGGAAUAUAGAUUUGUAAACAAAAA